UGUACACACACGUACACACAUCCUGUCAGCAGCCCGCCUGUUCAGGAAGUGGGGAUGAUGGAUGAUGGGACGUGGACUGAAAUCAAGAGGUGGCGGCGGUGCAGCCAAGAGGAUGCCAGCUGCCGUAAAAAUGCCAAAGAAGAAGAAAAAGAAGCCGAGGAAGAAGACCACCGGAGUGCCCAUGAAAACAUAAUAAAAGAGAAGAAUAUCUACCGCAUGUGUACAUUUUUCAGUGGUUGGGCUGUAGUGCUCCAGGAGCUGCAGCAUCAGGGAUGAGGAUCCGGCUGCAGGGUCCCGGCCAUGCUCCCAGCCUUCUCGCUGAGCUCAACCAUUGCCGCCAGUUGCGUCGCUACUGUGAUGUGUUCUUACAAGUUGGAAACCGCACAUUUGCGGCACACCGUGCGGUGCUGGCCUGCACCGGGACAUACUUCCGCAACCUGUUCGCCCGGUCUGCAGCCUCGCCCACCACUGCCUUCUCUCUGGAGUUCAUCUCCCCAGCCAACUUCGAGAAGGUGCUGACAUUCAUCUACACGGGGGAGAUCUUGACUGAUCUCAUAGAUGUCGGGGUCCUCUAUGAGCUGGCUGAGAGGCUGGGGGUCAGUGAGCUGGUGAGGGCCUGUCACGCUACCUUCCCUGACUUGCAAGCGUCUGCAUCUGCAAACUGUAAAGACAGCAGUCCUGGAGACAUCACCCUGGACUCCAGCAUGGUUGCUGAUGCUACAUCAACAGCGGCUGUUGUUAGUGCAGCUUCUGUGUCUGCAUUAUCUAUGUGCUCCUCUGCUGCCUCCUGCUCAUCUCUGUCUUCAUCAGCUGGCACAUCUGCAGCCCCAACACCUGCCGCAGCUCCUUCACCUCUCUUCCAAGCAAGGACAGGCAGGGCAAACCGCGGAGGAACGGCUCUGUCUCUGGACCUGAAAGCAGAGGAUGUCCAGUCACAUAUCGAUUAUGGGCAAAUGUCAGCAGAUCAUCAACUACCAGGAGGACAUCUUUUAACCAGCAGCAGCCACUCCAGUCAGAGUGACAGCCUACUGCCUCCAGGGCCUGUGCUGCAGCUGAAGAUUGAGGAGGAGGUAGGAGGCAGCUGUGAGGAAGGUGACAGAGACAGGCGAAUGGUUUGUGAGAGCACAGGAGGCUCUCUACCUCAGAGCAGUGACCCUGCACCAUCUGACUCCUGCUCCUUCCCUGACUCCUCAGCUCAGCUUGGAGCUGAGGCCUGUGCCCCAACGUCAUCCUCAGGAGAGCCUCUAGGCAGCCAGCAGGUGGGAUCAGUGGACAUGCACCGAGACGGUAGGCUGGUAUUUGGAGAGGAGGAGGAGGAAGAGGAGGGAGAGAAUGAGGAGGAGAGGGAGCCUCUGCAAGGUAACGGAGAAAUGGAGGGAACCGAGGAGGAGCAGUGGAGACAGCUGGCAGGGGAAAUCAUCGAGCUUAGCGACGAUGAGAACUACAUGGAGGAGGGAGAUGAAGAGGAUGAUGAAGAUGACCUUGUGUGUGUGGAGAAUGGAGAGGGAGGGAACUCAAGCAGCCAGGUGACAGGGAACAUGCUGUCAUGUAAAGCCUGCUCGGUGCCUCUCCCAGCAGACCCAGCUGCCAUCAGGACACACGCUGAGAGCCACCUGACCGAGCUCGGGCUCUGCAAAGUGUGUGGGGCCUCGUUUCCAGACCGCGCUGCCGGUGUCACCCACUCCCUCACACACGUUGGGGUUCAGCUUUUCACCUGUGACAUGUGUCACCUGCAGUUCUGCAGCCAAACCAAACUGCUGCGUCAUCACCGUCAGACAUCUUCGCCUUACACCAUACCACAGGGAGCGCUGACCAACAGCAGCCAAGGCCUGAGCUCCGAGCUGCAGUGCACAGUGUGCACCAAAACCUUCAGCAAGGACUUCCAGACUGUCAAAGACCACCUGCUGAGCCAUGUGUGUCCCCAGAGCCUGAGCUGUGGAGUGUGUCACCUGCCGCAGCUCUCCCUGUGCUCCCUGCUGUGGCACGCCCUCACCCACCUCUCAUUGCCAGUCUUCACCUGCCCACACUGUGCAUGCUGCUUCGUAGAGCGCCACCUGCUGGACAGACAUAUGGCUGCACACGCAGAGGAAGCGGCAGCUAAAGAGAGGGAGCAGUCAGUGCUGAGGGCUUGCAGAGUCGGGGCAGAUGGACUCGGGGGAGGAGGUGUAGUGGGAGUGGAGGAGUUGCAUUGCUUUCUUUGCCCGCAGACUUUCCGCUCCUCCUCUGCCUUCCAGUACCACCUCAGCCUGCACACCACCGAGUCCCUGGGGAGUGGGGGAGGGGGUGGGAGCCAGGGCUGGCUGGGCAAACGUAAAGCUAACCAGUCUCUGGAGUGCCCCCCACCUUCCUCCUCCUCCUCAUCUCCCCCGGAUGCCGGCGGCCUUGUUAAGAUGAGCAACCUGGGUUUGGGCCUGGGAAUGGGCUUCAGCGUGCCGGAGAAGUUGUAUCAGGGACCAGUACACAGCUUGUCGUCUGGGGGCCUGACCAAUGGGAGUUCAGGGCAGGACGGCGGUGCUGGAGCAGCAGGGGUUCGUGGGAAAUGGUACCGGUGUCGCUACUGCGGCAAACGCUUUGCCCACUCUGGGGAGUUCACCUAUCACCUCCGCAUCCACACCGGGGAGAAACCCUACCAGUGCAAAGUCUGCCUGCGCUUCUUCAGAGGCCGCUCCACCAUGAUCUGCCACCUGAAGACGCAUGCUGGCGCCCUGAUGUACCGCUGCACUGUCUGCGGCCUUUACUUCUCCACGCUGAAGCUGGUGUCAUCGCACAUGGAGCUCCACAAGGACCACCUGCCCCCAGACUUCAACAUUGAGCAGACCUUCAUGUACAGUGACCACUCUAAAGAACCGCUGCCCACUGUGGACACCUGAUGGGCUUUGUCAGACUGGUGCGUCUCUCCUCCUCCCGUUUCCCUCUCUCUGACACUGUCUGGUUGUCGUGGACCAUAUACUGCAUAUACUAGACUAGGGCUAACUAAUAAAUUUUCCUUUUUGAUUCAGAAAAAUCAUCAUUUAUUCUAUAAAGUGGUGACAUGUUUAAAUUGCUGGUUUUGUCUAAUGGCCAAAAACCCAGCAAUAUUUUGUGGCAAAUUCUAACAUUAGAAGCUGAAACCAUGUGGAAUUUCUGCUUCAUAAAGCUCUUGCAGAUCUUCUAAGAUGUUGCAAAUUAAUUUUGAAUCCAUCAACAUAUGGAUGAAUUAUUUCAGCUCUAUAAUAGACCUAGACUUUUAGGACGUAGUGGGUAUAUUAACUGUCAGACGCUGUUCACUGAGUCGGACUGCGUGGAGGUUUAGGAACUAAGAUAAAUGAAGCCACUUGGUGGCAGUGUAUCAUGUUGUGUGUCAGUGAAAGAGGGAGACCGUCAUGCAGUACUGUGCUGGUAUUAUCCACUCCAAACAAGUCUGUAUCUUUACAACUUAAAUAUCAGGAUCAGUUUUCAAUGUCAGUGAUUGAUAAUUACACCUUUAUUAAAGUAGCACUUCACUGUAGCAUAGAACUUAUUUUCCUAUAUCUGCAGUCACUGUUUUCACAGUAUAAUUUUUUAUGUCCUGUAAAGUUUUACUAUAGAUACGUGACUCGCCAAUAGUAAGGAGUACAGUUCAGUUUUCUUUGCCAUUGAAACACAAAUACUUUUUGAUGUUCAAGAAACAUUUUUAUGAAAACUGUAAUUUAGUCACAGGAUGUAUUCACUUGUUUCAAGCCUGUGAAGGAUGUUGUGCUGUAGCUAUUUAAGUGCCCAUCACAGGUCCACAUGAUAUUUGUCUUACCUCAUAUUUAUGAGAAUAGUGCAACUAUUUAUUU